ACGCUUCAGUGGCUUCCGCUACCUCGAGGCCAGCGUUCCCCACCGCAUGUUGCUCUGGCUCCUCCAGCUCUGAGGGCUGUGGCUGCAGCGCACAGCAAGAAGCAGAUGCUGGAGCUGCUGGUGCUGGACCCUGGGUGCGGGAAUGAUGACCGCAGAGCGGCGAGGAGGCCGUGGAGCUCUGACCUCCCUGGGUGGUGAAAUACAGACGAAGACCAGAGACUUGCCUCUAGCCGAGGAGCAGACGGAGCAGGGGCCAGGGCAGAUGCGGUGCCACCUGGGUGAAGCCAUUGCCCAGACACCCCCACACUCAGAGGCCAGUGGCCAGGAGGACAGAUCACUGAGAAAGCCGAAAAACAGCAGUGGGAGAAGGCGGCACAUUUGCCACGAGUGUGGAAAGAGCUUUGCCCAGAGUUCAGGCCUGACUAAGCACAGGAGAAUCCACACUGGGGAGAAACCCUAUGCAUGUGAAGAAUGCGGCAGGGUCUUCAGUCACAGCUCCAACCUUAUCAAGCACCAAAGAACACACACUGGGGAGAAGCCCUACGAGUGUGAGGACUGUGGGAAGACCUUUAGCCAGAGCUGCAGCCUCCUUGAGCAUCACAGAAUCCACACCGGGGAGAAGCCGUACCAGUGCGGCGUAUGUAGCAAAGCCUUCAGGAGGAAUUCCCAUCUCCUGAGACAUCAGAGGGUCCACGGCGAUGGAGAUGUCCAGGAUCCUGAGCGGAGAGAGAUUCGGGAGAGUCACAGGAAGCUGGUGAGCCAGGAGGGGGAUGUCCAGGCUCCCGUGUCUUAUAAAUGUCGUGAGUGUGAGAGAAGUUUCACGAGGAACAGAAGCCUUAUUGAGCAUCAGAAAAUCCACACUGGUGAGAAACCCCACGAGUGUGAUGCAUGUGGGAAAGGCUUCACCCGAACUUCAUACCUCGUUCAACAUCAAAGAAGCCACAUUGUGAAAAAAACUGUGUCCCGGUGACUCGUGUCUUGGGUGCUCAAGUCUCUGCUCCUUCCUUGUUGAAGGGAGCCUCCCUGGAGCCCCUCCUGACCACAGAAACUGUGGGCUGGGGCUUUGUGUACCACACGUCCUCAGGCAGGUGUUAGAUCUUCCACUUUCUAGAGGGUGGAUGUUUUUUUUUGCAAAAACCUCGUUUGAAAGGAGGCUCUGGAUUGUUGUUUGGGAGACGCAGGACCUGACACGUUUGUCCCCACCCAUUGGACUUGUGGGGCUUCCAGCCUGGCUCAUCCCCUCGGCCACCAUCUCCCCUGGGUCGGUGGUUCUGACUGAGGGGCAGCUGCCGUGCCUACUCGGUCUGCCCGGGUUGGCUCAGUGACGUCCUAUCCCCCCAUGGUGCCUUGCCUGUAGGUGCUACAUGUGAAAUGAUGUUUGCUUCUCUGGAAGUCCGAGGUCUAGAAUUCUGAGGAAUUGCUUACUAUGGCCAUCUGUGUGUGUGUCGACAUCUUUGAGGUUCUAGAUUUCAGGUCCAUGUAAUCCAUUGUCUGUUAAGCCCAUAGUGUUCGCAGAAUGAGGGUGAGGACUGCAUACUGUGAUGGAAACCAGAAUUUUUUUAAAUAACUAGGCAUUCCAGUAUGAAUUCUGUAAACAUCAUGUUUUUUAUUCUUAAGUAAUUGUAAUCAUAUGCCAACCAUGGAAUUUCAUUCUUUUUUAAAUGUUUUCGUGACAUUCAUCUGCUACUCUUUGGGGAGAUGAUGUAAUUCAGGCAGUGUAAAAACCA